GGCGGCCUGUGGGCGUGGCCCAGGCAAGGAUUCCAGAGCUUCAGCUUCUGUAACGUGAACGUGACCCUCGAGAGAGUGUUGGGAAUAACCGCCCAAACCAGCAACGGUUUAACUUGUGACCCAAACUCGGGACAAAUAGCAUAUCCAACAGGAUGCGUAGUUGUGAUUUUCAGUCCUCAGAAGAACAAACAAAGGCACAUCUUUAAUGCGGCCAGGAAAACUGUGAGUGCUCUGUCUUUCUCGCCUGAUGGGAAAUACAUUGUAACUGGAGAGAACGGGCAUCGGCCAGCAGUCCGAGUCUGGGACGUAGAGGAGAAGUCCCAAGUGUCUGAACUUCAUGGCCACAAGCACGGCGUGGCCUGUGUGGCCUUCUCUCCCAGUAUGAAAUACCUUGUGUCCGUGGGAUAUCCUCAUGACAUGAUAGUGAAUGUGUGGGAUUGGAAGAGUGAUACCCUCCUUGCAUCCAACAAAGUCUCCUGCAAGGUGAUGGCCAUCUCCUUCUCAGAGGACAGCUAUUUUGUUACGGUUGGGCACCGCCAUGUCAAGUUCUGGUUCCUGGAUGGCUCCAGGGAAGUCAAGAUUAAAGAGACUGUUCCACUGGUUGGUCGCUCUGGACUCCUCGGGGAGCUUCACAACAACAUCUUCUGUGACGUGGCAUGUGGGCAGGGCAAAAUGGCCGGCAGCACAUUUUGCAUUUCCUAUUCUGGAUUGCUUUGCCAGUUUAAUGAGAAGCGUGUCCUGGAAAAAUGGAUUGAUCUGAAGGUGACUCUAGCCAAUUGCAUUUGUGUUAGUGAAGAAUUUAUUUUCUGCGGCUGUGCUAAUGGAACCGUGCGUGUCUUCUAUGCACAGAACUUACAUUACCUCUCAGAUUUGCCAAAGCCCCACUACCUGGGCACCGAUGUAGCUACAGAGCGGAUACUGAGGUUUUUCAGCCAGGCAUCCUCUCCCAUCUGGAAUUCAAAUCCCACCACCCCUGGUGCAAAGGAACGUACAGCUUUUCAGCCUCUUUAUAAACUCUGCGAAUCAAAGAGCCUUGGGCUUUCCCCAGACAAAGGCAUUUUCCUUGAAACACCACCAGAGCAACUAAUAGGGUUCCUGGAAGUUGUAAUCCAGCACGUUGGAUUAAGAAAGGCUGUUUGGGGCUAUUGGUUCCCAACUGUAAGGCCAGAUGCCUCCUAUCCAGACGCUAUUGCUGUAGUCUUUGACCCUCGCCAUCACUGGCUCUCUUGUGUAUACAAGGAUCACAGCGUGUACAUUUGGGAUGUGAAGAACAUUGGUCAUGUUGGGAAAGUGUGGUCUGAUCUCUUCCACAGCUCCUUCGUGUGGAAUGUUGAGGUUUAUCCUGAAUUUGAAGACCACCGAGGCUGUUUGCCCCCAGGAUCUUUUCUAACGUGUUCAUCAGACAACACUAUACGGUUUUGGAACUUGGAAAAUGACAUGCCUGGACAUUUUAAGAAAAACGCCUACAGCGAUAACUUGCUGAAAGUUGUGUAUGUGGAAAAGAACACUCAGUAUUUGCAAGAUGCAACAAAUUUGCCAGAUCGAAACGAUAACGUUGGCUACCUUGACGUGAAAUCCGGUGUCCGGGUGAUGCAGAUUAGCCCCGAUGGUCAGCACUUGGCCUCUGGGGACAGAGCUGGAAAUCUGAGGAUACAUGAGCUAAAAUUUAUGGUAGAGGUGAUGAAAGUUGAGGCCCACGAUUCAGAAGUUCUCUGCUUAGAAUAUUCCAAGCCAGAAAUGGGGUUGGCGCUCUUGGCCUCAGCAAGUCGAGAUCGGCUGAUUCACGUGUUGAACGUGGGGAGCAACUAUAAACUAGAACAGACUUUGGAUGACCAUUCCUCAGCUAUAACAGCAGUCAAGUUCACUGGAAAUGACCAUAUUCAGAUGAUUAGCUGUGGAGCUGACAAAAGCAUCUAUUUUCGCAGCGCGCAAAAGGUCGGAGAUGGAAUUAAUUUUAUCCGAUCUCACCAUGUUGCUGAGAAAACCACUUUGUACGACAUGGAUGUUGAUAUAACUCAGAAGUACGUUGCAGUGGCCUGCCAGGACAGAAAUGUCAGGAUAUACAACACUGUCAGUGGGAAGCAGAAGGGGUGCUACAAAGGGGCACAAGGUGAUGAUGGAUCCCUGCUGAAGGUCCAGUUUGACCCUUCUGGAACAUUCCUGGCCACUAGUUGCUCCGAUAAGAGCAUUUCCAUCAUUGACUUCCACUCUGGAGAAUGUGUUGCCAAAAUGUUUGGGCACUCAGAAGUUGUUACAGCGAUGAAAUUUACCUUUGAUUGCAAACAUUUGAUCACCGUCUCAGGAGACAGUUGCAUCUUUAUAUGGCACCUGAGCCCUGAAAUUACCAGUUGCAUGAAGCAGCACUUGAGGGAGCUGGAUCAGAUCCAGGAGCAGCAGGAAGCCAGGGGCUCUGCAUGGUCUCAUCAUGGCAGGCUGGAAACUUUUGUGGCUGUGCCAAGUGGUACGGUCUCCUGCAGGGGCCUGGUUGAUUCUGACAUGGAAGAGGAGGAGGAGGAGGAGGAGGGAGAAGAGGAAGAAUCAGCUCUUCAGACUCCAGUUAAAGAUGACCUAGAUACAGCUCCGGUUUGUGUCCUUUCCAAUGGCAAACUGCCCAUGUGGGCAAAGAGACUGCUCGGGGAAGCAGAUCAUUCAGACAGCAACCCGUUUCACGCCAGAGUGAGCUACCAGCCACAAGGGCGCUGGGCUGAACGUGCCGACAAAGAACCAAUUAAAACCAUCCUGGAUGCAGACCUUAGUUACUUCACCCCGGUUCAAAACACCAGCAUGGCUGACUCUGACCUGGAGCCACAGAGUCUGGACCAGCUGCUUUUAGAGGCUGAGAGUUCUCCCAGCAAUCUCACCGAAGACUUCAAGCAGCCAGGUCUGUCUUCUGACGAAGAGGCAGCUCGGGAAGUUGAGGCCAGUGGGACCACCCUCUGUGUCUCACAGGCAGACAGUAGCCCUUCUUUCGGGGAGAGGACAGUCCAUCAGCCUGUGUUUGAGGAGGAAGCUUCAAGCCCCAAAGAGAAGGUGCCUGAGAAAAUCUGCUCUCUGACUUCCUUGGAUUCUGAUGUAUCUGUUUCUGGGCACCAACAGGAGGUAGAAGCAGAAGCAGAGUUGGCCGACCUCAACAAGAACUUCUCGCAGAACAGCUCGCUGCCCCAGACUCCAGAGCAGGAGAAAUACCUCAGGCACCACUUUGAAACCCUGGCUGGUGCCCCUGUUGAAGAACCAGAGGGGCCAACCCCAAGCCUCAAGAGGCAAGCUGGGACAGCCAUGUUUUCAGAACCCCUCCUCCUUAACUUCAUGCCAGGGGUGGGGGCAUCUUCAGCAUAUCUUUUCGGCUCGCCUAUGCCAAGCAGCCAGAUUCCAUGCGGAGGAGACAGUCCUGCAGAAAAAUUUGACAGUUGUAUAAAGGAUCUGCAGCCGUUUGAAGAUGGCGAUGAAGGGGGAAGCCCCUUCCUGAACCCUCGUCUGAGCAUUUCUGCCCGGUUUCUCUCUCGCUGCCAGAGGAAUUGCAGGUUUGCUGCUUCAUUCUUCCCAAGGGUCCGUCCGCUUGCGCAGGCAGCCACCGCCGAACACGUGGCAGAGAACAGCAUGCCACUCAGUGAUUCCAAGAUAUUCAAGAAAUGUCCAGCAGAAAUUCACUCUGAGAUGAAAGAGAACCUUGAUGCCAAAACAUCCUGUGCUUCAGAAAUUCAGGUUCUCGUUAAAAACAUUGAAAUGAGCUUGCAGCCUUUGUGCACCAAAUUUCAGGAGAUUCUGCAACUAUACGAUAAGGUGGCUUCCUGGCAUGAAACAACCGAGGAGGAGCUCUCCCAUGUGAAGCACAAGCUGGUCAGCACUUUCUGCUGGAUGAAGAGCGAGUUGGCUGCGAGAGACAUCAAAGAUAAUGCAGACGCAGCCACCACCAUGGACACCUCGUCCUUGUGGCUGAGGUGCCUCCAGGACAGUGAGGCACACGCCCUCCUGAAGCAUUACUCUGACUCGCUGCUGAACAUGGUCCAGAAGAAGCUGGAGGAACCAAAGAAAACAGCCAUUGCUUGAACUGCCCCAUUCCUGCACUUCCAUCCCCAUCAACCUUUGUUGCGCAAGGAUGUUUGUCUCUGUGUAACUCCUGAGGAGUUGGCCAUUUGGCGAGAGGACUGAUUCAUGUUUUACCUUUAGCACUUUGUUUGCAUCCAUAGGAAAAGUUAAAAGGUUUACCCACAAACACUGACAUUUUGGUCAGGUUUUAAAGCCUCCUUUUAUGAAGAUUUUUUUAAUAAGAAUAAAGGAAGAGGAGCAGAUGAAAUUCAGAAGGGUGUACUGAAAUUCUCCUAUGGUGCUGUUUGUCCUUGUAUUGCAGCACUGCUUUGUAACUGUUGACUAUUUUUUAAGGUUCUGUUUAUAAUAAAAUAUUAUUGGAUUUAA